AUGAAGCCCGUUGUCAGCGCUUUCAACGCGUGGAGUUGCACCGUCAUCUCGAUCUUCGCCGUCAUCAUCCUCUCCGUCCUAGGCUCCCUCUUUGCCCGGAAUCACCAUGUCGUAAUGGGCAUGGAAGAAGACCCGGACGAGGGAACCAAUGCGGCGGUCGCCUCGAGCAUUUUCAUUGCGGUGGCUGUCUAUGCGGGCUUUAUUGUCUUCUGCGGCUCCCAGGCGUGGCUGCAUGUACGGGCGAGCCGACGCGGUGCCAUUUCGCUGCGAUGA